AUGCCCCCCAUUGUCUUAUCCUCCCUGACAGUGAAUGGCCUGCCUGCGAGCACAAAUAGCGGCCCGGACAUCAAGAGCAAUCUCGCAUGCGACAUUUACCAUGCCGCCGGUCGCACGAGUGUCCUAUCGCUCCCCUAUCCGUGUUGGGUGAUGCGAAGAACAAUAUGUCUUCCCCAGUUGUGCCGAGCAGGGCACGCUGAUAACGUGAGGAGCCGUGAUAGGCCCACCGAACCUCGAGGUCACGGGGCCAGUCUGGGCAACUGGUCACCCAAACCGGGCAACGCCGCCUUUGCUGCACAUGCAUUUGACCCCCGUCACAGACAUAACAUGACCCCCAUCUUCACAAACAUCAAAAGGUCCAACGAACUGUGGUUGUCCAGGCCAUUUCAUUCGACAUGGCAAGACUAG